AAAAUAAUGGUGACAGACGUGCAGCUGGCCAUAUUUGCCAAUAUGCUUGGCGUCUCCUUGUUCCUGCUAGUGGUGUUAUACCACUACGUUGCUGUGAAUAACCCCAAGAAGCAGGAGUAGAGUUGUACAGUGUGACUGCAGAGGUCAGUGAGAUGAGAUGGACAUCAAAACCACCACCUUGAACACAUCAUUCCCCUCAUCCUCUCCUCUUUCCAAGAGAUGGAAUUUCUGUUUGCACAAGGAUCUUUUUUUCUUUUUCUAAUAAACAUGUUUGAAUUUGAA